ACUUGUUGCUCAUCACUACUUGCUAACUAAUAAUAACACAUAUGGAAAACUCAUCGGGUGAUCUGAAUAAGGCAAUCGAAGGGUUAGUUCGUGGUCGAGAAUUUACCCGACGACUAAAAGAGAUUAUUAAGAAACCUCUUGUUCUUGGUACUGGUGAAGUUGCAGACAUUAUGGCUGAGGAUUUAGUUGCCAAAAUUAUGGAUUCAUUUUCUGAGACCCUCUCCAUCAUAAACAAUAAUUCCGAUGUCGUUGAGGUCAAGUCGCCCGAAGAUUAUUCUAGUGGAAGUUGCAAGAGUUCAGAUCGAAGAGGAUGCUAUAAGAGAAGGAAAACUUCAGAAUCAAACAUAAAAGAAUCCUCAGAUUUGGUGGAUGAUGGUCAUGCUUGGAGAAAAUAUGGACAAAAACAGAUCCUCAAUUCCACUUAUCCAAGGCACUACUUUAGGUGCACACAUAAAUAUGAUCAGAAAUGUCAAGCAAGCAAACAAGUACAGAAAAUGCAAGACAAUCCACAACUGUAUCGAACAACAUACUAUGGACAUCACACGUGCAAAGCUUUUCCUAGAGUUUCACAAAUAAUAUUGGAUUCUCGUACGGAUGGAGAUUCUAAUUAUAUUAGUUUUGAUCAAAAUCUUAAUGUCACUACAUUUCCCUCAAUAAAACAGGAAACCAAAGAGGAAGUUUUCAGUUUCUACCCUAAAAUUGAAGAUCAAAUCCAAUCAUCAAGCUCUGAUUAUUUUCUGCCCAAUGAUCAUGAUCAUCUAACUCCGGCAACAUUUGAAGCCUCCCGCGGCCAUAUGACGUCGCCGGAUGUUAUGUCAUCUGGGGUUUACUCUUGUUGUACUACUACUAGCAAUGAUAAUCUUGAGAUUGAUAUUGAUUUUGAGGAGGGUCUUUGGAAUUUUGACUUUGAAAGGGGUCAAGUGUAGCUUGAUAGAGAUGGUGUACAAAUUUUGUAUUAUCUUGAUGUAGAGUUUGCAUUAAAGCAUUAUUAGGUUUGAUACGAAAGUAUAAAUUUGACUUCGAUAGUUUAUUCGCCAAUAA